AUGAAUGCGCAACUCUUGAAAGGACUGUUUGAAAAUGCUGAUGCUACGUGCCUUGCCUUUAAUCAUGGUCGUGGCUUGUUUGCAGGCCAGUACCUUGCUGUUGGGCGGUCGGACUACUACAUUGCACUUUAUGACGUUGAGACGCGCGGUAUUUUGCGCUGGUUUCAAGCGCAUGUAAAAAACAUCACGUCUGUGUGUUGGUCGCCGUUGGGAAGAUACUUGGCGUCAUCCUCAUUGGAUUGGAAUGUACAUAUAUGGGAUUUGCGUAAUGGACCAGCUAAAUGCGUGCGAACAUUGCGUUUUUCGGCCCCUGUUUCGCUCGUUCGCUUUUCGCCUUGCUCUAGUCGUACCCUUUUCGUAGUUCUCGAAACUCGCGAGGCGUUUCUGGUGCAUUUCCCGACCUGGCACUCUGUCGAGAGCAGUGGGAAUACAAGCACCGCGCCACUGCGCAUCCCAGUGCACGGUGCAUUUGCCGUAACGACUGGAUGCUUUUCACCCGAUGCUCGAUGGAUCUUUGCGGGCACGAACAAAGGGGUCGUGGUCUUGAUCAAUUCGCAAAGUGGUCACGUAAUGCGUUCAGAGCCAUUUAGUGUCGGUACUUCUAUGGUUCGUGAAAUGCAUUUGGAUGCACAGGGAAAACACAUGGUUGUAAAUCUGAACGAUCGCACAGUUCGCACGUUCAAGAUUGCGUUUGACACAUGGGGCACACCAAUUCACUUGAUUCACACGCACAAAUUCCAGGACAUGGUAGGACGAACGCCAUGGAGUGGGGUUGGGUUUAGUCAAGAUUCGGAGUACGUGAUGGGCGGCGCGGCUCAGGACACCACGCACAAUGUAUAUAUAUGGGAUCGCGAUGCUGGUGUUUUGGUCAAAAUUCUAGAAGGACCUAACGAACCUUUGGUAUAUGCUCAAUGGCACCCAGUAAAGCCGCAAGUGGCCUCUAUCGCAUCUUCAGGCGACGUUUACUUAUGGUCAACAAAGAUGACGGAAAUCUGGAGUGCUUAUGCGCCAGGAUUUGAAGAGCUUGAGAAAAACGUCGAGUAUGAGGAGCGGGAGAACGAGUUUGAUCUUGAUGAGCUGCAUGAAGACCAGCGACAACAACAGGAAGAAAUUGACUUUGUCGAUCUCUUUGCUAACGGCCCAGUACCUGAGACGUCAUUGCCGAGCAUGGGCGUACCCACAGAUUUGAAUCGCUCCUUUUCAACAUUAGCAGCAGACGUGCGAAGGCCAACGACCUCUUGCUCUCCAGAUAUGUACGGCGACGAUGACGACCAAGUCGCAUUUCUCAUUCCGCCUCUGUUGGAGGAUUAUGAACUCGGCGACGGAAAGGGCGACUAA